AUGAAAGUAUUCACGGUUCACGCAGUACUCUGCGUGUGCGCGUGUUCGAGCGUCGCGAUCACGAUCACGUACGUUGAGAAUCCGCAUGCCAAUAAGUGGAAGAUCUCUGAAGAUAUUGGAACGAGUCAACUUUCCAAAGAAACCGACGACGAACCAGUUGGAAUAAGUUUCCAAAGGAAAUUGAUCCCCAUAAAAGAACCGCGAAUUGGCAAAAAUUUCCAAACGUUUCGCAUGCCUCUGGAACCGGACGCAGAAAUCUUGCCGGCCCACUACACGGGCGUCAAGCCUCCCGGAGUCGAUCACAUGGAACUGAGACACGCAGACUCCCAAACCGUUCCUAAAAUCGAGCCCUCUAACAACUUUGAGCAAACCGAUACUCAACGAUCGUCAGGGAACCAAGAAUCUGACGGUCUGACUGGCGAGAGACAACGUCAGAUGAUCUCUUCGUUCGAGAAAUCCCAGAGGGAUGACACUCUGAGGAAGACGAAGAAUACGCAACGUGAGGAAACUGGUGAAGAGAAGAAACUUCACGAAGGAAGGGAGAACGAUUCAAACGAAGAGACAGAACAGACUGUAAGUAAAAGAGGGGGUGAUAACAAGGAGAAAGAUCGUAAGGUGGCUGGUUAUCGCAACGUCUUUCACAAAGACGAGUACAAGAAGAACCACGAUUUUUACGAGAACGACGAUCACGGCGGUCACUCGAAGAAACAUGGAAAGUACAGGGAGAAGUACGUGGCCAGUGAAGGGGAGUUCAAUAAGGGUAGUGCUCGGGAUUCUGGCUUCGACGAGGCAGAACUCCGCGAGCAGGGAAUAUCGGGCGAUUCCCGAGCUACUGGGGAAACCAAGGCUCACGAGACCCGGAAUGGCCACGAUGGAUUCUUUAAAAACUUCCACGGGUUUCGCGAAGCGGGUAGCCAGAAACGACGGUAAAAGGUUUGGCUUCGGCCAACAGAAGACGAAAGCUAACUUUUAUACGCUUCUCGCGUGUGCGUUCGCACGGACGUUGAACACUGUCAUGUUUGUGCAAAGGGAGUGUGUACGUGGGCAGGGAGAACGUAGAGAAACGUAUUUUGUUCAAAUGAAUUUCAGAUUUUCUUUUAGUUAAUCGAGGAGGCAAGGAGACUUUGCUCGUAGUUACGUUGAAGCUUUUGAUGGAAUUCUCACAGUUCGAAAGGGUAUCCUUUUAUUUUGCCUCUAGUUAUUAUAAAUUACCAGAGACAACAAGAGAGAGACAGGGAAUCAAUAAAGAAUUUCAAGAGAAACUUUUACCAGAAUACAAUUCCGUUUUUGCUCAAUUGUUUUUCAUGUGUACAGAGAUUUUUUUAAUUCAUCGUACGUGGCGAACGUAUUGACAUUUAUAAUGCGAUAGGCCGCUGAUUGAGAGAGAUUGCGGUCACGCGCGAGUCUGAUUAAUUGUUUAGAUAUUGAAACAUAUCUGGAUAAUUUCUACCAGCGAGAGUUUUAUAUUGUAUUUGUAAUACAAAUAUUUCGCGAAUAUUUUAUACGUUUCUUUCCAUUUAUCGUCGUAUUUCCCAUGAAUUUCAACUCCGCACGUCAUUUUCAAUUUUUGAUCUCGACGUUACGCGCUUUAUUAAUAAUGCUUUCGGCGGGAUUAACGGAAUCCAUCUUCUCGGAGAGGUAACUUUUCACUCGCUUGAACGCUGGAUUAUUAUCAUUAUCCAAAUCUUAUACUUCUUUAAUUAUUGCGACCUAAUCGUCGAUUAAUCAACACGAAUUUCCCUUUUAGUCGCAUCUUACGACACACAGGUAUUACGUUGGGCUUAUUCUACGCCCGGAGCCCACACGGGGAUCGUAAAAUGCAAAUACAUGCACGAAUAAACAUUUCCCGAUUAGAUUGUAGGAGUCUGUCUGACCCGACACGACUCGUGGCUUAUUCUACUUACAGUUGCGUGACUUGA